CUGAAAACAAAAAUUACCAACUGAAAAAAUAAAUUAUCUACUGCAAAAAGACCUUGUCCAAACGCUUUGCUUGACAAACUAAUCCCAAUAAACAUCUUACCAAACGCCUCAGAUGGAGCUAACGCUAUCAGGGCAACCUUUCACUUGCUGGACCUUUAAAAGCGACAAUUUAGGUUUGCAGAUGUUGAAAAUAUGUCGAGCAAAGCGAUUAUCGCGUUUCUGUUCGUUUGCUCAUGCUACUGCAACCGAUGUUUCAGCGCCGAAAUGAAUCCUAAAGUCGAAAGACUGGAAGCCGUUCCUCCCACGGAACUCGGGGAAGGUCCCCACUGGGACGCGGCCACCCAAAGCUUGUAUUUCGUCGACAUUUUCGGAAAAUCCAUCCACAAAUAUGUACCGGCAACUAACAAACACACCAAAGCUGUGAUUGGUGUGGAUUGCGUUUCCUUGAUAGUACCUGUUAAGGGAGAGCCGAAUAAGUUUCUGGUGAGCAUUGGAAGGGAAUUGGCGGUCGUUACGUGGGAUGGCGAAAGCGAGAAAGCGUCGAAAAUUGAGAAAUUGUGUGAAGUAGACAACGAUCCGGAAACGAAGGAUAACAGAUUUAACGACGGGAAAUGCGAUCCGGCUGGAACCCUUUGGGCAGGAACUAUGGGAGGGGAACCAAAGUAUGGUCAUGUGAAACCGAAUAAAGGCGCUUUUUAUUCCUUCAAAAACAACACGCCUGCAAUGCAUUUUAAUAAAGUAGGCAUCUCCAACGGAUUAGCCUGGAGUGCCGAUAAUAAGAAAAUGUACUACAUCGAUACACACGCGGGAUCCAUCGAUGAACUGGAUUACGACAUAGUAAACGGCAAAAUUUCAAACAGACGGCCAUUAUUCACGCUGCAAAAACACGAUAUACCAGGGGGUGCUGAUGGUAUGACCAUCGAUCAAGAUGGUAAUCUAUGGAUAGCUAUUUUUAACGGGUACAGGGUGAUUAAAAUCGAUGGUAGGAAACCAGAAACUCUACUGGCGUCGAUUCCCAUUCCAGCAAAACAGGUAACUUCAGUAGUGUUCGGAGGACAGAACCUCGAAGAUCUCUAUGUAACUACAGCUAAAUUCACUAUAAACGAUGAAGUACUGGAUCCCCCGGAGCACGGCGGUACUUACAGGAUCACCGGGUUGAAUGUGGCUGGAUUAUCGCCGAGCGUUCCAGCAGUUUUGUGAAAUCGAACAACAAAAACGCAUCGUUG